AUGGAAUCGGCGGAGAAAGAGAUGAAGGGCCUGCGUGAGGGUGAAAAUGACGGCCAAUUGCAGCUGCAGUCGGGGCAGCGCGUAGUGCAAGAAAUUCGCGGCGUCGCCGGAGCCCCAGAUGGCGGGGGAAUGCAGCCCGACGGCGACGUAGCAGAAAUCUUCGGUGAUAUUUCCGCGAAGCGCCGGUUUAUCAUCCAUCACCGAGAAAAGAAAAAAAAAAUGGCACCUUCAGCCGGGCUGGCGCCCGCCUACCGAUGUUGGAUCAUCAAUGGUGGCCCGAUUGAACGAGUGGAAACGAAAAUGUGUGGAAUUUUUUUCCGCCAUUUUGGGAGAGGAGAGGUUUAUAUGGGACUUUUAUGGUGGAAUUGGGAUUUUCAACGGAGUGAUGCUGGUCUUCCCGCCGAGAAAUAUUCGCAGCCAUUUUAG